GAAUUUUAGACAGUUAAUUAAUUAAUUAACCUCCAAAUGUUUGACAAUUGAAAAACAGUGUUUUUGUUUAACUUGUUUAACUGUUUAGAAUGAUCAUAAUAUUCCACUAUAUCGGGAUGAUAUUCUUCCAAAUCCUGCGGAACCGAAAAAGGCUCAAAUCCACUAAAACAGACGAAGAUGUCGAGCACAGUUGGACCUUCGAUCCGCCAGUCUACCGCCAAAGAUACUGGAAGAUUUAUGAGAUUUUGGUGCAAGAGAACUUGCGGAAUAACGUAAAGAAGCUGGUGGAUUUCGGCUGCGGGGAGUUCAGCUUGUUCAGCUACAUUAAAAGACUGAACGUUGAAGAGAUGGUCUUUGUGGAUAUUGAUGAGGCCCUGAUGGUCAGAAACAUCGACCGCCUAGAGCCUUUUAUAGUGGACCGGUUAAAGCGCCGCUCCAGCCCCCUGGUAGUAACCGCACUCAGGGGCAGUGCUGCUGAUCCGGAUUACCGGCUACGUAAGACUGAUGUAGUUACCGCCAUAGAAAUAAUUGAGCAUUUGUAUCCGGACACUCUAGAUGCUCUUCCCUACAACGUUUUCCAAUUUGUUCGCCCGAAACUGGCAAUCUUUACAACCCCGAACGCAGACUUUAACGUUGUCUUUGGCAGAAUGAGGGGCGCAAUGCGACAUCCAGAUCAUAAAUUUGAAUGGACCCGGCAACAAUUUGAAGAUUGGGCCCACAAUAUCACUGAACGGUUUGUAGAUUACACUGUGGAAUUCUCCGGUCUGGGCAUCGGGCCCGAACAUCUCGACCAGAUAGGCUGUUGUUCGCAAGUCGCCACUUUUACCCGAAAAGAUGUGCUUGAUGAAUCCUACAUAUCACCCACGUAUGCCAAACAUUGCCACUGUGAUAAAACCAGCCCUUGUCAAGGGCAGGCCAUCGAGAGCAAGUUGCUCUGCAACUGUCUUUGCGGUCUGUGUCUUCCAGACUUCAGCGUCGGUGUCUGCACGUAUUUCAGUUGCAACAUCGAUGAGUCUGAAGCAUAUCGGCCAAUGAAAACCGACAAGGCCUUCAGUGAGACUGAUCUGAAUCGACUUACUUUGUAUGAUGAUCGAAUGGAGCGCGGCUCAAAUGAACUCAAUCCUUCCCACAAUAUUUUCUAUAAACUGAUCGAAGCAAUCGACUAUCCCUAUGAGGUGGAUUUGCGAUCGGAAGCAGAAAAGCUCAUGAACAUCUUCAGCUACAGAAUCCAGACUUUUAGCAAUUUCAACAGUAGGUUUUACGUGGAGGGCAAAGGACGGUGUGAAAUACCGAUUUGGGACAUUAUGUAUGGCGACAUUGAAGUUACAGAACAAGAAGUGGGCAAGCUGCUGAUCGGGGCCGGAUACACAUUGGAAGAAUGCAUCAGCACACAAUCAGGUGCGACUGAAAAGUGCAUCAUCUCAGUUCCGCAGGAAAUGGAAGAAAUAUCCGGCACUUCUGAAGAAACAGACGGGUACAGUACUAAAAGCAGCAACGAUACGACAAAGUCUGAGCCAAACGUUGCCGAAUUGUCCGACUGGGAUGACUAUUCGUGGCCGCCGCCCGAAGCAGACCAAGGUGCAUGUUCGGCCAUAAAUUCACCAAGAGACGACAAAGCAGUCAAUCCAGACCCGCUGGUGGAUUCAGGGUACCAAAAAUCGCCAUCCCCACUGGACCCCCACCAGCAUCUGCCCCAUUUCGACCCAGUGGAGAUUGAUUUCUUUGAGGACAUCGUUAGUACCCCAAACAUGCACAGCAAUGACAACAAAUUGCACCUAAAGAAGGCAGUAGCUAAAGACAAAUUCGCGGACGCUUUGGACAAAUCCAAACUGGUUGACGCAAAUAAGAUUAAUGAACUGGACCGAUUCCACAACAUGAGCCCCGCUAGGGCGUUCAUGGGCAGCUACUUAAGGCCCCAGAACGAGUUCAAGAAGGGCCCUUUGAGGGACUUGUCUGUGGCCGGGACGUCCAGCGGUUGGAAGAGGCCCAGGAAAUUCAAAGACAAAGAGAAAAAGGUCGAAACCAAGCUCAAAGAGCCCACCGUGUUAGAUGAUGCCAAAAGUCUGACGAAUUGUAUCAUCGAAAAUACGCUCAACCAGGUUGAUGCAGACGAUGAAGAUGUUGGAGGAAAAGCUGAAUUAAUUCAUAAUUUGAGUCCGUUACGAGAAGCUGCCGAUGUGAUUGAUGCUGGACCUUUGGAAAUAGAGCCUCAACCCCCAUUGAAUCCUGAAGCGGAGCCUGCGGCCGUUGGUGCAGUAGAAAAUGGGGACUUAGCCAAUAACAACCGCGACAAUGAAGGGAAUAACUUGGAGGAAAAUGACGUAAUUGAGGCAGAUGUGGAUGAAGGCAUAGAUCUAAACGACAACCUCGAGGAGCUGGCGCCUGGAUUAGAGGACAAUGUUCCGCUGGAAAACAACAACGGAGCUGCAGCUGAGGAAGUGGUGGAAGAAAUAGCUGAACACGCGGAAGGAGUGGAACGGGAAAACGAGGCCAGUUGGCAGGAAUUGGAGGCGGAAAUAUCACUGAGGCAAGCAAGCAGGGAGGUUCUCUUCGAUGCCAACUCUGAACAAGACCUACUGGAAGAAUUCGAUAUCCCAUCCCAACCCAAUCAGGAUCUGCUUAGCGUUUUGGAUCUGGGCACCAGUGUGGUCUUAGUGGGCAUUCGCCCUAUAAGAUCCGAUGACAGUCGCUUGCAACAAGCUGAAACAGCAGCUUCAAUCCAAACAAACACGAAUAUAUUUCCCCAUUGGCUGCUGCAAAUUUUAGGAUCGCAAAUAGUGGCGGAAGAAAACCAGGACCCUCCUGGUAGUCUAGAUGAACCGCACUUCUACUGCCAGGGGGAUGGCUUAGGCGUUCAUCCAUCGAUCCUGGCUGUAGAUGUUGAUGAAGCAGAGGAUGCAGACAAUGACACUACAACGGAAGAAUCGUCGUCCAACAACACGGUAGACUAUGCUGAAGUUGAUCCAGGACCGUCAGAGAUGCUGGAUAUGAGCAGCCUUCCCGAAGAAUUAUCACUGGCCACAUCGGUGGUUGAAGAUGCUUCAGGAACGGCGAAUGAGAACGUUCCAGAAAGUUCGUGCAGCCAUUCAGCUGCUGACGAUAUUCAAGCUGAAGGAACAAGCUUGAUCAACGAGAUUUUGAGGUCUGCAGUGGAGGAAGUGAGCAGGCGAACGCUGACAAACUCAACAGCUUCAAGUGGCGUUGAUGGGCAAAACUCUUCUCAAGUGUCCUUUGAUGGUGCAUCAAAGCAUUCAAACCAAAGUCAUGAACAUAAAGCCUACACCAAACAGAGCCAGCCAGGGUCUUCGGGAUCCACUACCGAGUCUGAGGUCUUUACAAGCCAAACAAAUAGCGACCAUCGGCACCUGAAUGUAAUUUACAGCAAUUCUAAUCCAGAGGUUGUUAGCAAUGGAUAUGGAUCUCAUCGUGGAAGCGUUGACGGCCUUAAGUCUGAAGACGAAAGUGUUAAUGAAUCUGAUAUUUCGGAAUAUUUUCAAUCGACAAGUGAGGAAUUCUAGGUAACAGUUUUCUUGAAAUUAUCAUUUUGUGUUCUAUUAAAUGGAAGAAAAAUGAA